AUGUCCCGCCACGAGCUCUCCUCGCUAAUCCCCUCAUACUACAGCACGCCGUCCCUACCUCUGUCUGACGAGGAUUGCUAUGGCUGCUCAGAGCCCUCUUUGACCCCAUCCUCAACGCCGCCAUCCUCACCGUCCAUGGAUAACCACUUCCAAUCACUCUACAGACUCGUUUUGGUGUGCUCCAUACCCAUCGGUAUCCAGCUUGGCAAGUGGAUUAGCGUCAGCCUGGAACUCGUCACCGAAUUUGGACGAUAUCAGUACGAAGCAGACCCAAGUCGUUCCUUCCGUCUCGGAGAGGGCCAGACCAUGCUGGCUCUAGAUUGCUGCCUGCUGUUUGAAAAGGAUGGUCAUAUCUCGACUCAGGGUCCAAUGAAUCAAGGUCUCCGCCUCGAGAAGCGCGCGCUGCAGUCAACCAACUGGCUUGAUCUGGACGGUCUCCAAGGUCCAGGGAUUGGGCCAUCCGGUCGAGGAGGACUAGAGAUACGCAUCGUGCCUACGCAGGGAACCACCGCACCAGAGAGAUUUUGGAUCACCAUUGGGUCUGAACCGGAGCAAGGAGUCGUACCGCUCGUACUUGGCCCUGUCUCUCUGACUACGCGGCCUUCACUCAAUUUCAGCGACGAACGAGAGGCUCUACGUCUUGUCAACAUUCCACGGACCAAGGGCAAGUGUCCUCAGAUCAUGUUGCUGAAAGAGACUUGGAACAAUGUCCCCCAAGGCCGUGUCUGGGACUCGGCGUUUGUCUUGAUGGACAUAUUCUCAAGGAUGGUGAAUGAGGGCAUCCGCAACUCAAGCUCUCCACUGUUUGCCGGCAAACGGAUCUUGGAUUUAAGCGCCGGUACCGGCCUCCUUGGAGUGUUUCUCGCCGGUUUGGCCCAAAAUGAACUCGACCAGCUUUUGUAUUCCUCUUCCUCUUCAUCAUCACCAUCAUCGUCCUCAUCACCAUCCUCACCGUCAUUCGUCAACUGCGCUUCACAAUCGAUAUCGCCCAGGCCUAUUCACACUCGUGCUUCGUCCAAGGCACGCGCCACGAUCGUCACGCUGACCGAUCUUGAGCACGCGUUGGGCUUGAUCAAGCAUAAUAUAACCUUAAACCGGCACAGAAUAUCACCAAAGAUCAAAGUGAACGCCAAAGCACUGUACUGGGGACCCCGUCCAUUGGAACGUUUGGGGACUGGGCCGUUCGACAUUGUAAUCGCGUCGGACGUUGUGUACGAGACUACUUCAUUUGCGGCCCUGCUAGAAACACUUUAUGAGCUCUGCACUCCUGGACACACAACCAUCUAUCUCGGAUACAAGCGAAGGGCACUGACCAAAGAUAGCGAAAAGGUUUUUUUUGAUGAGGUGCGAAAGAUGUUUAUAACUGAAGAGACGCUGCACGAUCUGGAUGUUCACGUUUGGUGUCUGAGAAGAUGA